CAACAAAUUACUCAAAUGUCAGAGCCUAACACUACACAAAAUACGAUUCUCAUUCCGCCAAUCUUUGUUAUAAAGUACUGGCUAAAUACCAGCUUUCAGGAUUGGUCUGUUGAGUCGUUCGACAUAUUUUGGAUCCAACAAAAUCCAACUCUCUAUCAAAGGCAAGAUCGAGCCCAUACUUCGUUAGUUUCCGAGUUGAAAAUUCUCUCUAAAGCAUCUGAUCAAAGGGUGGUAGAAAAAGCGUUGUUGUUACGUAAAUUAUUAAAGGGUUGGGUGCUUCCUAACCUGAUGGGGAAGAGAAGCGUGAUGGCUUCACUUAUUGUGAUUCUUUCGCGUGUUUAUGUUGACCGGGAGUACUACGCCCCUCGGUGCUUCCGAGGAAGGAAAUCUGCAGAAAUUAUUGAUAUUAUCUGGGACCGGAGCAAAGAAAUAGCGGAUUCAAAAGUUCGUUUAAUGCUGAGUGAAUUGCUAACCAAGAAUCGCAACAAGCACGCUAUAAGAGAAGACAGCCAGUCGGAUGAUCUGUUCGAAAAAAUAAAUGAAGAUGACGAGGAAUUUCUUGAAAAUGUUGGACUUCUAUUUAAUGAGUUAAAUGAGCAGUCAAUUAUCGAGAAAGUUGAUGAGAAUUCGCUAUUUGACGAAGUUCGAUUGCCAUCAGUAAACAUUAAUAACAAAACAUCAGAGGAGUUCCUUGAUACAAAUACAAUCGAGGCAUUUAUCGAAUAUCAAAAAAAGAUAACAAAAACUCGUAAGGCUUUGACUCUCAAAAACUCAGGGAUAAAGGAUAUGGAUAUACAAAAAUUAUCUCAGGAUUUUUCAAACAAAAUCGGAUGGAAUGAUAUUACAGCCCCAAAAGAAAUUCAAGAAUAUUUCGACAGAAAUUGUGUUGAUGUCGAUAAUAUCGAUGUCAUAAAAAAAUUAGACAGGAACGUCCAAUUCAUGGUAGAUAAAUUGCCUAAGCUACGAAAGACGUGCACCGAAGAAGAGCUAAAAAUGUCAACAACAUUUCCAUUGUUUUCAGGAAUUUUUAAUUCGCCGAAUAUAAAUAAUUCUUGGGGUGAAAUUCAAGCAAUCUCGACAAAUAAAGCACGGAAUGAAGAAAAAAAUCCCUUCAUGAAGACUAGAAUCGGACACAAGGUUGACAUGAAAGGAACCUUGGUCAGAACGCCGAAUAAAUUUGAAAUAAUAUAUGGCGAAGUUUCCGGUGGUUUGACUUCUUUCGGCUUGCCCGCUUCCUGUAGGAAAAAACAAUAUGUGGACAAAGUAAAACUUAUGGUGAUGUUAAGGGAUAGUCUGAAUCAAUUCUUUAAAAACUAUUUGCACGUAACAGACGAACAACGUAAAAAGUUAAUAGUCUACGGUUGGUUACAAGUUGCUAAGCUUUUACGCUAUGACUCUGAAAAAGAUAUACAAUUAUUUUCGGAACUUAUGGAUUAUGAAAUACAAAUUAAUAAUCAUUCUCAUAGAAGCUUACUUCGAAAGACAAAAGAAAGGGCUCUGAAAAUUUACGACCUUUUUAAUGAAUUGGGGGAUGAUAGGAUCAAGCGAAUUAAGACUUUUACAGCUACAACACUAACUAAAUUAUCUCAGGAUGAUAUUAAUCACGUAUUAGCAAAGGUUUCGCUAUGA